AUGCAUCCUCCACCUUCUCAUCCAUCCUAUCCUCACUCGCAUGAAUAUGGUCAUCAUUCUUAUCCCGCAUCAAGAACACAGCAACUGCCUUCUAUUUCCAGCAUCAUUCCCGCGCGGGGCCAUCCCUCUUUCUUUCCUGGCAGUCCGUCAGCACAAACCCCUUCCCUCCCCCUUCAACAAACCUCAAUACAUUCUAACCAUCAAAUGCCAGGAAACUCUCAUAAUUUUCCAACUUAUCUGCCCUCACAACAACAAUCUAUGGUAGAAAUGGCUCCGCGAGCUGCUCCACAUCCAUAUCAUUAUCAAACGAUGCAUCCGGCUCCUCAUCAUAUACAGCAGCCGCCUCCAAGCAUGCCAGUACCUUCUCCUCAACGCAUAAAUCCUUCUUAUUGCUUCCAGCAACAAUACCCCCCACAUGGUCAACAAGCAAUGUCUAUAUCAUCAUCAUCCAUUCAGCAACAACAACACCUCCCCCCUCACCCGACAUUAAUGUAUUCUCCAACAAUGCACUCCUCAUCAUCAUCAAUAUAUCAACAACAUAUCCCUACGGCUCACUCUCAUACAAAUCAUUCUUGUCAUCAACGGCCUACUCAAACUCAACGUUCUCAACAACCGCUCCAGCCUCGACCAACUCUGCCUCUGCGUUUUGCCGGCCCUACUCGCGGCGGAACUCCAAUGAACACGGUCGAACAAUUCGUGACUGUUACUCCCGAACUAAAUAGCAAAUCUACCAGGAAGCGACGUAGGCCUCCUUAUUCAUACUCUUCACUGAUUGCACAAGCGAUAUUGAGUUCGGCAGAGAAGAAACUGACGUUGAAAGAAAUUUACAAAUGGAUUAUGGACAAAUAUCCGACUAUGUACAAGCCUGACGAUACCGGAUGGCAGAACACUAUCCGUCAUAAUCUCUCAUUAAACAGAUGCUUCAAGAGAGUCCCACGAUCAGACACAGAACUAGGUCCAGGUACCAACAGCUCAAAAGGGAAAGGUGGUUAUUGGGCAAUCGAUCCGGAACACAUGCAUUCAUAUCACGAUGGUGUCUUUGCAAGAGGAGGCGUACAACGCCGUCGUCCAGGCGAAACGACCUCGUCUACCACUGCUUCCUCUCCUCAAUCUGCUGUCGUGGAAGACGACGCAGCCUCCGAUUGUGGCCAAUCCGAUUCAGCAAGACAGUCAAAAUCAUCUCCUGCUCCUACCAACGAUACGUAUAGUGACGGUGCUUUAUCUCCGAUAACUCCCGAAUCAAAUUCGCCUCCAUCACCGAUAUCGAUAAACGAUCAGUUAGGGUUAGAGAAAGAGAAGAAGAAUGAUAUGCAUAUAGAUAUGUGUUCUACGGGUAAUCGUGAGAAUUCUGGACAGCUCGUAUUCCAUACCGACGAGUUGAAUGUAAAUAAUAACAUAGAACAAAUAGACGUUUGGAGAAAAGAGAACAUGAAAGUUGAAGUGAUAUCAUGCGGGAACGAGGAUAAGAAAAAAGACGACGACUCCGACUCCAAAGAGGCAAUGCUUAUUCGAAAUUUGUUAAAUUAA